UCCCACCUCCCUUCAACUUCAUCUUGCUCUUCCCCUUCCUCCUCGCUGGUCGACGCUUUUGUCCCCCGGCUUCUUCAUGACCAUACUCCAUGAACACUGCCUCCGAACACCCUCCCACACCCCAACAUGCCUACGGGACCCGCAUCCGACACAAUAUUCGCAUCAAGCCCCCAGUCAGGGGCCAGGACCCUCACCCCCAGCAGCGACCACCUACUAGCGCCGCAGAGUCCCAUCCAAUUCCCAACCCCUUUCCCCCUCCUCAUGUCGUGCUCCACCCCGAAGAUGCCGGUAGCAAGACCUUCCUUGCUAUCGGUCGCGCUCUCAUGUCGGUGGACAAUCACGCCAUGACUAUCAAGGACCUUGCUGAGAUGACGGUACUCCAGGGGCUUCAGUGCCAAAACGUCUCCGCCGCAAGCCAAUCAAUAACGACGUAUAUCCGGCAGCACAACGAGCGCUGUGACAAACAGCUGGACACCCCAUUGCUCUUGAAACACGUUCUUUCAGGGACGCCGGACGACGACGACCUUCUCCCUGCCCUCUACUCUCGAUCGGGCGGUGCUCACAGUGGCAUCAAGACGGACAAUCGAAUCACCAACUUCCGGCGCGGUGCUGUCGUUUGGUAUCUCUCCGCCGCUACAGGGGCUCCUUGUCCUUUCGCCCGAGCCGGAAUCAUGCUGUGCGAGUACGGUGAGAACGGUCGUGGGUCCGAAGUGUCUCCAGAGAAGAAGAAGCAGUCAUCGGUGGAUAGUGGCAACAAGCGGAAGCGAUCGCUGAGAGGCAACUGCAUCGCAGCUGAUUCAGAUUCGGACUCGUCUAUCGAGCAGCUCCAGCCCCGGCAGAAGGAAGUCAAGCUGAGCAUUCGUCUACCCCCUCUGAGCGCAUUAGUGCCGAGUUCUGUCACCUUUGCACUCCCCGCUGAAGACGAAGAGGCAUCAAGUUCGGCUUCGGACGCAGACGAGUCUGACGACUCAAUCGCAGAACAAGACGCGGCGGGUGAAGUCCCAUGGUCUCUUCCCCCAUAUCCUCGACGCUCGAUCUCCAUUCCCUCGUCCAAGCCCAGCAUUCCUGAUGUUUACCCAGAAACCCCAUUCUAUCGUGCUUCUUCGGUUGCUCGUAGCAUUGGAUCACCGCCACCGGACUCUGAUGACGACCGGGAUGAUUAUCACAUCUCGAUGACUCGUCGCACGUCUGCCGGGCGUCGUUCAGCGCCCAAGUUUGACUCGGACUGGGAUGAUUGGGACGCGGACAUCGAUGACAGCGAUGGAGAUGGCGACACAACUUGGGAGAGCCCCGGACCACGUUCCCCGCUUGCCCAUGUUCCCGCCAAAAUUGAAGUCAAAGAAGAACCCGAAGAUCUUGACACAGCUCUAGGCGGUUGGUCUGACGAAGUUUGGACCGACUUGCCGAUGGAUGGACUGGAUCCUGCCGAUGUGAAAAUUGAGGUGCAAGGCAUGUGGGACUUGUCCUAUGAUGCCCACGUCAAACAGGAGGAUGACCUGGAUUCUCUGUCUCUCUCAAGCUCAUUUGACAACUUCCGCGAGCCUGGACCAUCCUCGCCGCAGUCGCCACAGAAUCUGCAUCCGGCCUUUGCUUUCGGCUCGGCUCGGCGAUUGAGCGAUUCCUUUUGCAGGGAUAGUGACACGCCAGAACUUGAACUUGAUCUGGAUGCGGCUCAACUCUACAGCACACUGCGACCUCGCUCCAAGACCGUUCCUUCGCUCUCGUCUUUCUUCUCCGAGACUACGGGCCCGACCAAGACCCAGGCACCGAUGAUAGUGACGCAGACCCUGGCAUCGCUCAUUCAGACCAUGUCAAUGAACUCCCCUACUGUGACCAGAGACUCGUUCUCGUUCCAGCCACCUUGCAUCUCUCCUCAAGAGACAAGGUGUGAGGGAUGGAGUUCAGAUUCGGUGAUCGUCCAUACUUGUACACCGUGUUUUCCGGCCAUCAGUGCCACACAAGUGGAAGGCAUCUCGGUGUACCAGAUGACCCUCGGGACUCAAAUCGUGCUUCGGCGAUUGGAUACCGACUUUGUCAACCUAACUUCGAUUGUCGCACAUGCAAAGACACCUUAUCCGGUGCUGAGCACGAUCCCGAACGCUACAGUCAUCACUCGUGGCUCUGCCUCUGUUCGAGGCACGUGGGUCUCAAUCUCGGCGGCCCAGGCCUAUGUCCGAGAUCACCCGUUGUCCGGGAACGAGCUCGACGUGUUUCUGUCCGACGACCUUGCCUCUCGCUUCCCAAGUGCGCUCGCUUCGUUCUCUUGUGACCCUUCGCGUGGUACCGCUGUGUUUGGUCGUCACUUCGGAUCGACUCUGCAGGCGACAGCGUUAUGCGGUGGAAGUCAACACAAGGUUCCGGAUGUCGCCACGUUCAUGACGCUCAGUCCUCUUGUUCCCGCGUUACCACCUGCCGACAAGCCUUUGGAGCCUGAACAGCCUCUGACUUCGACCGAGCAGCAGAUCUUCCGAGAGCUCUGUGUCACUACUGAAUGGGAUAAGGACGUCGUCGUCGUGGUUGACGAUGUACCGUUGUCUCCGUUAUCGGACGUUCCUGAUGACAUCGACGCUAUCUCGAAACCUGAACCGGGCCGGCGGCCGAGGCGAUCGCGGCGAGUCGCAGCCGUCAGUGCGACAAAAGGUCGCACUCGUAAGCGUCGGUAGCGUCUGGCGCACUGGUCCCCUAUCUUUAUUUGCAUGGCCGACCCUGACUAGACUGAUUGCCACUGUAGCUUAUAUUGUCACUCCCCCCCAGUACCAUACUACUUUGACAGCCGAACUGCACUUCUUGCGGCAUACCCCUACAUUACACGGCCCCGUCCUUUUGCUAUGUAGUAGUGUUGAGUUGCGCCGCUAGUUCGUUUUUUUGUUUUGAUUUGGCCAACCCACGAUAAAUUGUAUUGCUAUGUUUUGGAUUCGAUACAGAACUCCCACCCCCAACGCCCAUCAUACUUUUGUAAGCUCCAAGCAAGUGCUAGAUCUGAUCUGCUGAGAUGUGUCUGAAUCUGGACCUGUGUUAUCAACCGUUCGAUUCUGCUCCUGCCCAUAAUGGCACAACGACUGCAGGGCGCAGAGUCGGUCUCUUUUCUCGAGUCUGGUGCGAUCCGGCAGAGUCUGUUGCUCCUUAGACAGAUCGGGGAGGCAAGUAACUUGGGGCCUCUGAAAGGCGCGUUGGGUCUACAAUCAGAGACGUGGCCUUCGUGGUGAUGAGCUGUUUCCAGGUUUCGCGGGAAUUGCUACUUUGUAAGUUCUUUCGAGUUCUUUCUCGCUAGAUUUUCAAAGCCGGAGGGUCCUCGAUACGUGCCAGACUGCGUCAUCGAACAAGUCAGACGCGUCUAGUCUCGGACAAGAUGUGGCUCAGCUGGCCUUGGCCGUGGCCAGUCAAGUCGAGGAUAACAAAGCGGACAUCGCGCAGGACGCGGAACUGUUGGACUCCAUCAGAAAGCUGUGUCUGGAACUCGAAGCUGUGCAUGCAUCUCUCCAGACGCUCUUCAAACGAGAUUCGUUGAGUUGGUUUGUCAAACAGUCUCAAGACCAGGUGAGACUGGUCAGGCUCCAGAGGGACAUAAAACACGCGAUCGACCUAUUCUCGCUCCAAUCCUCCGUGAGAUUGCAACAUAGACUUACUCUGUCGGAAGACUUGGAUGACGCACGAAGAAGUCGGAUUCUUUCUGCGAUACAUGACAUGUGCCAGUCCGUGAUGAGUGAAAUGAAAUCUGCGAAACAGACGAUGGAGACCUUGCCUCUGAUUCUCGCCCCAGUUAUCCCUCGAGUUCCUCGAUGUUUCUUUGGUCGAGAGGAGACCGUUGAGACAGUCAUCGGCGCCCUUGUUUCUGCGUCACCUGCAAGGAUAACGAUCCUCGGAGCGGCUGGGAUCGGCAAGACCAGUGUAGCGAUCAUGGCCCUGGUCAACCCAAGUGUUGUGGAAUGUUUCGGCGACCGGCGGUAUUUCAUCUCCUGCGAUUCGGCGUCAAGCACAGACGACUUGGUGUCUAUCAUCGCCGGCUCGCUGGGUCUGCAAGGAAGCCGACUACGGAAGAAGAUCAUCGACUUUUUCACCGCGACAGAGCAGCGUUCUGUGCUGGUCCUCGACAAUUUUGAAUCGCCAUGGGACGCCGGCCCGGAGAACAAGAAGGCGGCUGAGGAGCUGCUGGCUUUGUUGUGCUCCUUGGACACACUGGAUGUAGUUGUCACAAUGCGCGGUGCAGAGCGCCCUGGUGGUGUGCAGUGGUCGAGGCCGUUCCUCCCUCAACUGGGACCCCUCGACAACUCGGCUGCUCGCAAGGCUUUCCUGGCGCUCUCAGACUGUUUAGAGAACGACGACGGGAUCGAUCAAUUGCUAGCUGUCGUCGAUAAUGUACCGCUGGGGAUUGUGCUCAUGGCCAAUCUGACAGAGACGGACAGCACGGAGACCUUGUUCGACCGCUGGCGCGAAGAGCAGACGUCUUUGCUUCAUCGGACCGCUGAUCGCUCAUCGAGUUUGGAUGUCUCAAUCAGUAUCUCGCUAAACAGCCCUCGGAUGAAGGCAGAGCCCGAGGCACUGGUACUGCUCAGUUUGCUAUCAGUCUUGCCUGAUGGAAUCGAGAACCGCCAAUUAGGUGCGAUCUUCCCGAAUCUCACCAAGUCUCGGCGGGCUCUGUCCACCCUAUGGCACACUUCUCUUGCUUACAACGAUGGAAACAACCACACUCGCGUGCUUGCACCCAUCCGGGCCCAUAUGCGAGUCCACUAUCCUCCUAGCGAGAUGCAUCUGCUGCCGGUCUACACUUACUACAUGGCAUUGGCCGGUCUAGCCUGCGAUUUGGGCGGGCCGCACGGACAGGACAUCGUCAAGAAAAUCGUUCCUGAAAUAGGGAACAUCCAUUCGGUCGUUGAUCUGGCGCUCAGAGACACCCAACCAGCUCUUAUCCGUGCUGCUAUCGAUGCUGCGAUAAAUCUCGCGAAAUUCCUGCGGUACACUCAACUGGGGAAUCCAGAUACCAUUGGUCUGGCGAGCUCUGUGUUGAAGCAUCUAGAUGAUCCUAUCCUACAAGCGGAUGUCCUGUUUAAUCUUUCAUGGGUCAAGUUGGUCGUGGCAGGAGAUAGCCCUGAAGCAGAACAAUUGUGCAACGACGCACUGGCGAUUUACGAAACGCAGGAGAAUCUUGACGGCCGAGCACAGAGUACUUGGCUUUUGGGGCAGAUACUCAAGACGAGCAAGCGACAGAAAGAGUGCAAACUCAAGUUCGAAGAAGCGCUCGCUUUGGCCACGGAAGCACAGAACCAAAACUGUCGGGCAAAAUGCCUGUCCUGCUUAUCCGAAGCUCAGUUCCAUGCUGGAGAUGCUGCAACAGCCGAAGCGCUCAGUCUGGAGGCUUUGGAAUUGUUCCGACAGGAAGAGCAUCUCACAAACAUUGGGAUGACGCUGUAUUUCCUCGGGAGAAUCGCAGAUUUCAGGGACGACGCAUCUGCCGAGGAGCGUUACGAAGAGGCAGAAGCUGUGUUACAGCAAGCAGGAGCCAGCAGCCAUGCAGCUCUUGCUCUUAUUGGCAAAGGAGACAUCUUGGUCGCCCGAUGCCAGUAUCGGGAGGCACAACAGAUCUACACCAAAGCUGUGCAGGCCUUCCGGACAAACAGCUCGCUUCAAACGACAUACGGUGCAUUUGCCCAGUUAUCUCUAGGCACAGCGGAGGCAUAUUUAUACAAUUACACCGAAGCCAAACGCUGGCUGGAUGCGGCUUGGAAGACUUUUGAAAAGACUCCGGUGGUUGCACACGGUCGGAUGCAUCUGGAUAUAGUAUUUGGUUCGAUCGUCCCGAGUCAGGACAGAUUCCAGUCACUGACAGACCACCAGGGGAUGUAGCCAUGUUCCAAAAUUCCGUAAUGGAAGCUGCCACAAUGUAUCAGCGCGCGCUGACAUCUGCGGAGUCCUUGGGAUUAUCGGUAGAGGAAUCUCAAUGCCGCGUGAAACUCGGCGCAGUUCAUGUGAUGCAGGGGCAAGUCCGCGUCGGACUGCAGCAUUUACUGGUCGCAGCGGCGAAGCAGCGUAAAGCACAGAACAUCAAAGGCAUCACCGAAACAAUGGUCCGUCUCGGUGAAGCCUUCGAAGCGGAUGGAGAUCACCCGGCCGCCCUAAUGAUAUUCCGCGCAACCUACCCAGCCGUCAGCAAAACAGGCGCAUUGCGCUCGACGGCAGAUUGUUUGCUAGGGCUUGGGAGACUGUGCAGCGACCGAGUAUAUGUAGACAAGGCUGCCCAGCUAUAUCAGCAGACUGACGACCCCAAGGGGCGCGAACGCUGUAGAACUCUCGUUCAAAGACUGUAGUGUUCCAAUGGCCAUGGAUUCCACUCUAACGACGCACCAUAAAACUUGGGCCCUACAUUUUCUUAUGCGAGAACAGGGAUCUCUCAGUCUACGCGCGGUUUUCCAGAACGAAGAUCGAAGUAGCUUGUAACGUGAGUAUCAGAUGGAAGCAGUCAAAGAAGGCAUCGGACGCGCGUCGGCGGUCACGGUGGCAAAGUCUUGUUUGGUCCUGUGUUUCAGAUCAGCUGCAGGACCUGAGGUCUCACAUCUCCCUCAUCCACACCUCUCCGCUAUAGUUUUGUUUCUGUACAAACCAUCGUCGACGCCGUCGACUUAAUUGCCUCCCUUCGGCAACUCUCACAUUUAAUCCCUAAUUCUUCUCUUCUACCACUAUAAUCGACAUGUCUCUCUCUGCCGACAACAACAGCGCAUUCAGAGCGCCUCCCUCGGGCAAGACACCUCCGCCAGCUCCUUCUGCCGCAUAUGCAAAGAGGGCACGGGAGUUGCAAGCAGAGGCGGGAUUGAGUGGUCGAUACCGGCCGCCUGCGCUGCGCGCUCUCGAAUCUGGCGGAUCGCCUCCUAACGAGGUAUCCCCAGCCGUCACGACGCCAGGUGAUGGCACAGCCCUACCUCCGACCAAUUACCCCCCAGGUUUCCGGAGGGCAAGGGCUGGAACCUUACCCUCCAACGUCCAACUUGCCGCCCAGCGCUACGCCGCCGCAUCCAGUACCUUGGGUACCCUGACAUCGUCUUCUGAGUCGCUUCUUGAACAGUCUCAGCGGCAGAUGGUGGCACCUCCUUCCCUGGCACCUUCGCGUCCUGGCUUGCGUCACUCGACUUCAGUGGCUUCUUCCGUAGCUUCCACCGCAGCUCGGGAGCCAAACAGCCGCCUUCGGUCUGGUUCAUUGACUCUCCCCACUGGUGGGCUUUCCAAUGCAUUCGGUCCUUCGAUAUUCUCCUCCUCGUGGCUGUCCUCUGGCGCAAACGGCGGUUAUUCAGCUCUCGACGAAUUGCGCUCUGUCACUUCGGCAGAUUCCACCGACGAAUUUGAUGUGCACACUCUCGACUACCUGGGGCUGGACGAUAGACCCCGUCCACCGCCUGCGGCGACUAUUUCGGAGUUGCGCAAUCAAGCUCAGGCUGCGCUCCUUGCCGGCAAUCGUAUGCGCGCGACGACUGUUUCGAAUCCGUAUCGCAGCCGCCCCCCGAUCCCAUCGUCUGGACAUCUCACGCCCGCUGGCAACGAGGAAGAGGAGUAUUUUGACACAUAUGAUGAUGGCUAUCGCCAGCAUCUGAACACUGACACCUACGUGCAAGAUGCAGGUUACGGUUCUUCGAACUAUCUCACCAAGUCAUACAAGCCUGCGGAGCAUCUGGCCCCGACCCGACCCCGUGCCAUCUCUGUCGGCGUGCUCGACGACCCCAUGCGCUCUCUGCAACGGCGGGCCAAUGCUGUCGAGGCGCAUAACUACAUGAAUGAGCUGUCUCAUCAAAGCUCUGGCCUGUCCAUCACGACGAACAACAAUCCUGGCAGCAUCCUCAAGGCGAACGCUAAAUUGGCGCCUCAGGCUGUGGCUUCUCCCACAGUGCACUUUCCAAAUGGAGGUGAUCUGGCGUCCAGGGUCUCCAACUAUCUGAUGGCACCAGGUGGUUCUCAGGCCACUCGAUCUUCUUCCCCCAAAGCGGAGACCCCUGCAUCUCAGGUUCAGACCCCGAGCCGGUCAUUGUGGAUUGGUAAUCUGGACGGGGUGGUCACGAGCGAGCAGCUUAUUCACGUAUUUGCACCGUAUGGCGCAAUCGAAAGCCUGCGGCUCUUACCGGAGAAGGAGUGUGGGUUCGUCAACUUCGUGGACCAAGCGGACGCAAUUCGCGCUAAGGACGAUGUUCUCAACCGUCUUGGCGGAAACAUCGGCAUGCCCAACGGUCAGACCGUUCGGAUUGGCUUUGGGAAAGCUGACAGCGCACCCGUCGCUCCGGCCAAGGGCAAUCCGACUAGUCCGGCACCGGCAUCACCCGGCGCCAGCAAACCUGCGAACUCGAACGCGGCGCUGGGUGGCAUGGAGCUUCAGUCGACUCCAACUCGGGCGCUCUGGAUUGGAUCCAUCCCAUCAACUACUACUCCGGCAACGAUCCUCAGCGUGUUCAGCCCGUACGGUCCGAUCGAAUCUGCUCGAGUGCUUACGCACAAGAAUUGCGGCUUCAUCAACUUUGAGCGUUUGGAUGAUGCUGUGCGAGCCAGGAAAGCACUGAAUGGUCGAGACGUUCUGGGCAGCGAUGUCGGCGCGAUCCGGAUCGGAUUUGCCAAGGUUCCCGUCAAAAACGGAGCUGACACGAGCAAUGCCGGAGAAGAAAACUCGACCCUUGCUGUCCAGGCCGUCGGGGACCUGUCCGUGGGAGCGACCAUUCAUGCGCUUCGAACUGUGAAGGGUGCGAUCACUAUCCCUGCGGAUCAACAGGUUCUCGGGGGCGCGGUUGAGAAUUAUCGGUCAAACUUGCUGCUGAGCAUGAUUGCGGCCGGCGCCCAUAAUGCUUACGCAACCGAUGCGCGAGGACCGUCGGUUACGGAGCAGCAGAUGAUCAUGAAGCAGUUGACGGCCGGUAGCCUCGAUGCUGAGCAGGAUGUCAUGGCUUUGGCCGAUUUCCGCCCGCCCACGAUGUAUUACACGACCAUCCCGCUUGUCUCUGAACGACCCCACAGCCGGCGCUGGGAUGCAUCCAAGCUGCGCGAGCUCCGCAAGCGUUUGGACUCUGGGACCAUGACAGUCGAGGAGAUUGAUCAGGUCGCGACCGAUUUCCUCGAGGGCGAGAUUGUCGAUCUGGCUUCUGACUGGCUCGGAAACACUGUCGUCCAGAAAUUGUUCGAGCGAUGCUCGCCCGCACCUCGGUUCUCGAUGCUGGAGCGCAUUUCCCCGAAUUUGGCCAUGAUUGGCAUCCACAAAAAUGGCACUUGGGCUGCCCAGAAGAUCAUCGAGUGUGUUCAAAGCCCCGAGGAGAUUUCGAUCAUCACGCAGAACCUGCGGGCGUACGCUCCGCCGCUUCUGCUUGAUCAGUUCGGCAACUAUGUCGUGCAAUGCUGCUUGCGAUUCGGAGCGCCUGCGAACGACUUCAUCUUCGAUGCCAUUGUCGACCGCAUGUGGGAAGUUGCGCAAGGUCGCUUCGGUGCUCGGAGCAUGCGAGCUUGCUUGGAGAGCCCGCACAUCACCCUCAGCCAGCAGCGAAGGGUCGCGACGGCAAUCAUCCUCAACUCGAUCCCGCUCGCAACCAAUCCGAACGGCGCGCUUCUGCUCACCUGGCUUCUGGACACAUCAGGCUUCCCCUCGCGGUACAACCUCCUUGCUCCCCGGUUCACUCCGCAUCUCUCACAUCUGUGCACCCAUAAACUGGCAUCCCUGACCGUCCUCCGGAUCGUCAACCAAAAAAUCGAGCCGGAUGCGUCGACGGAGAUUGUCGAGGCGCUGUUCUCGUCUGCAGGAGACCACGUUCUGGCCGAUGUGCUCGGCGACCAGGUCAACGGUGUCUCUGUCGUGCACAAAAUUCUGACCAGUCCGUUCAUCGACCCGAUCUUGAAAAACAACUACAUCGAGGCGACCAAGCGGGUUCUGAUUGAGCUGAAGGUGAUUGCGACCCAGGCUUAUCGGCGGUUGAUUGAGGAGGUUGGGUUGCCGGUGCCCAACUUCCAGCCGACGUACUCUGCCGCUGUCCCUGGCAAUGGCAAGAACAAGUCAGCCGCGAACAACGGGUACGGGGUGCCCGGACUGCCAUCGGGAUAUCCGUCGAACGACCAAGGCCUCGCGUCGAUGAUGGCCGCCCUACAGAUGGGUGGACAGAAUUCCCAGGCUGGGCCUGCUCAGCUCCAGAUCGACCCGUCCUACGCGAGUCCCAACGCGCCUCGCCGAACCAACAGCACGGGACCCGGCUACUCUCCGGACCUCUUCAGUCCGUUCGGUGGCCGAGGAGAAGGCGAUGGCAUGCGGGGAGGGCGACGCAACACCCCGAACGGUGCGAUGCCGAGUCCUGUGCCCUACGGAGCGCCGUCGCCGCCGCCGAUGAUGGCGCAGCCGACCUACGGAGCCAUGCCUGGACACGUGUAUCACCAAGGGUAUAUGUAUGCGCCCUACCAGCAGCCUCCGCAAACGUAUUGAAUUGAUGACCGUCACGACACCCUAUUCCAUCGUUUGAAACCAAUAUCUAUUCCCCGGGCCAGUGUGCCUCUUGGUUAUCUUAGGAUUCUUCUCUGCGUUACCAUAUACAUACUCUUUUUUCCUACUUGUACAACAGUCUGGUCUGCUAGCCAGUUAUUCCAUGCAAUAGACUCGCUUGUCAUUAGUCAUCUUUCUUCUGAACUCCGUCAUGGGCAGCACAUCCUCUAAGGCAGCUCGAUCACUUCCCAAGCGCGCGACGGCGACGACACCACCGCCAUGGUCCGGUGCGCGCCCUGUUCCUCGCACAGAGGGCGUCGCGAGCGAAACUAAAACCAAGGUCAUCGAGGAGGAUGCCCAAGAUCCGCACUUCUUGUCCAAGCUCAGCCAGCUCGGUCAGGUGAAGGUGGACCACAACAUGCAGACAACGCGCCCUGCAACUGUCGCCAGCCAGAUGUACAAAACGCGCGUCCAGUCUGAAACAGACGCGGAAUCACCGACGCCAAUACGCAACCGCAUGCCAGCGCCCCGGCUCAGUCUCCUGCUUGACCAGCGCAAAUCAGUCAAGACGCGACGUGAUAUGGAGUUCCUUGCGGCUCGGUACGGGCUGGAUUUGGACAUGCUGGAUGCAGUCGCCAAGUUCGUGAACACGCCUAGCGUGCAGCAGAGCGAUAUGGCGAGAUCGGUGGGCGCUGCCGACCACAAGCAGAUUCUGCGGGCUGUUUGGGUAGAGCCGACUUUGAAGGGCUAGAGACAACAAGCUCGGACUGGUCUGCUCACAUUCUAUUAGAACAAGAUACACCGAGCAUAGUAUGCACAUCCUAGAGACAGAUAGGUAGAGGUACAUAUGUGAGUAGUACAUAUGUGGAUGAUGGUACAGAGAGAAUAAGAUAAAAC